AAUGCCAUUCUCAAACUCCAGUCCCACUCACAACUCUCUCCUCUCCGCCCCUCUCACACUGAUUCAGCAGUCUCUGCUCAGCCUGCUUGUCUAAACCUGGCCUCAGUCCAAAACCCCGCCUCUUAGAGCUUUACACAAUUCCAGGAAAUCAGCACAGUUUCAUUUCUUGUGAAAUAGUCAGUCUCUCUGUCUCACUGCAGCAAGAUGGCUUCAAAAGUAUGGUCAGAGGAUCGGUUCAGCUGUCCAGUAUGUCUGGAUCUAUUGAAGGACCCAGUCGCCAUUCCAUGUGGACACAGUUACUGUAUGGGGUGUAUUAAGAACUACUGGGAUCAGACUGAUCAUACAGGUGUCUACAGCUGCCCCCAGUGCAGAGAGACCUUUACCCCGAGGCCUGUUCUGCGCAGAAACACCAUGCUGGCUGAAGUUGUGGAGGAAUUAAAGAUGACAAGACUCAAUCCUACUCCUGCUCAAAGUUAUGCUGGACCUGGAGAUGUGCCGUGUGAUUUCUGCACUGGGAGAAAGUUCAAAGCUGUGAAAUCCUGUUUGACGUGCCUGGCCUCUUACUGUGAAACACACGUCAAGCAACACAGUGAGGUUACUCCAUUAAAGAGGCACAAGCUGAUCAAUGCAAUUGGAGAUCUGGAACAGAAGCUUUGUGCUGAACACCAGAAGGUUUUAGAGGUCUUCUGUAGAACCGAUCAGACGUGUAUUUGUUUGUUGUGUACACAAGUUGAACACAAGAGCCAUGAGACAGCUAAGAAAGAAAGGACUGGCAAACAGAAGCAGCUGGGAGAGACACAGUCAGAAAUACAACAGAGAAUCCAGGAGAGACUCAAAGAAAUUGAGGAGCUGAAACAGACUGUGGAGUCACUGAAAAGAUCUGCAUGCAUACAAAUAAAGGAAAGUGAGAAGAUCUUUACUGAGCUGAUCCGAUCCAUUGAGAAGAUCCACACUGAGGUUAUUGAGCUGAUUGGAGCUAACGAGAAGGCUGCAGUGAAUCAGGCUGAAGGACGCAUGAAGAAACUGGAGCAGGAGAUUGCUGAGCUAAGGAGGAGAAACGCUGAGCUGAAACAGCUUUCAGAGACAGAGGAUCACAUCCAUUUUCUACAGAAUUUCCAGUCUCUCUGUGCCCCUCCUGAAGCUGGAGACUUACCCAGCGUUACUGUCAAUACAGACAUCUGUUUUGGGGCUGUAAGGAAAGCUGUAUCUGAACUUAAAGACCAUAUUGAUGACUUCUGCAAGGGGGAAUUAGUCAAAAUAACCACAACAGUGAAUGAAGUUGCAGUUUACAGUCUGCAGGCUCCAGAGCCAAGGAACAGAGCUGAGUUUUUAAAAUAUUCCUGUCAGCUCACACUGGACCCCAACACAGCAUAUAGAAACCUCUAUCUGUCUGAAGGGAACAGAAAGGUGACACGGAGGAGAGAGACCCAGAGAUAUCCUGAUCACUCAGAGAGAUUUGAUAGCUAUGCCCAAGUGCUUUGCAGAGAGGGUUUGUCUGGGACUCGCUGGUACUGGGAGAUUGAGUGGAGUGGGGGAGGGGCUUCUAUAGGAGUCACAUAUAAAGGAAUCAGCAGGAAAGGAGGGGAUUGUUCCUGUCGCCUUGGAUUCAAUGACAAGUCCUGGAGUUUGCGCUGCUCUGAUUCCAGUUACACUGCCCGGCACAAUAACAAUCACACUGCAAUAACUGCCCCCCACUCCCCCAGAAUAGGAGUGUACUUUAAUGCCGGCACGCUGUCCUUUUAUGACGUCUCUGACACAAUGACCCUCCUGCACAGAUUCCAAACCACAUUCACUGAGCCGCUCUAUCCUGGGUUUUAUAUUUAUUCGGAUUCCCCUGUAACAAUCUGCCAGCUGAACUAGACUGUUUUGUGUUGUAAGAAACCCUUUGUAUUGAACUCCCUGUCUGUCCUCUCCACUCCUCGGGUGAAGGGAAUGUUCAAUCUGACACAACUUUGGAUGAAAGUUAGGGGGUAAAACGGCGCCACCUGCAGAGCGAAACGAGGUGAAUUAUUUGUUUUUAACAACGAAUGGAUUUCAUAUGAAGUAACUGUAUUUAAUUUAUUUUUUAAGAAUUGAUAUGUUUUAUAUAUAUUUUAAGAAAUGGCAUCCAAUAGUCAGUGCUGUAACAGUUUUAAAAAAAGUGAACUUAAGUUUGCUUUAUUGUGUUGGUGUUUUUGUUUUUUGAUUUCCAUAAAAUGUUUAAUAUUUCAGAUUUUAGUAAUGUGAUUUAAUUAAAAAAAUUAACGUGA